CGGAGCCUCGUCGUGCGUCAACAACGUCCACCUCAGAUCCUGGUGCUACAUAUGCCAGCAUUCCCACAGCUCUCAUGAAAAUCAACAGUCACACAAUAAUCUCGACGACUACACCGACAGCAUCUGUUUGACCAGGCUAGCGAGAACGGAUUUCCGCUCAACAUGGCUAUCGCGAUCCCUUCGAGUCCGAUCGUAGAGGCGAGCUCGCUUGCGACUGUUCACGAACUUGCAGCCAAUCCGCCGUCACUUCCCAUACUUCAAUACCCGGGAGCGGCGCCGUUGAUCCUGUACAUUGCCCGGGUGCCUGGAAGUCGAGAUGUCUUCCUCACACCUGUGAGGCCGCGCGAGAAGGUCGUCACGGCGUCAGAUGUGCAGAGUUCGCUUUACUACGUUCACAUCAACUGUGCGGAACCCGAUUUGCCAGCGAAACCAGCUACAACAGAAGGCCGAGGUGGCGCACAUUCGACAUACUUGCCGAAGCAGACGUCUCGACGGGAAAGUGCACCACCCUUGCCACGCCGACCUGUGCCGCCUCCCUCACCACCCGAACUUGGUGAGGACGAACUGCCUCCACUACCGUCCAGACCGGGCAUCUUACGGCAAAACACGAUUCCGCGCAAGCCCGUCUUACCUGUCAGGACUCGGCUCAUGACAAAUGGAAUCGACUUGCCAACCCUCCCACCUCGACCACUGCCUCCGACGCCAGUCGAAGACAAAUCUCCGAGCGUUGCCAGCGAGCCUGCAAUUCUCUACCCGCAAGAAUCGAGUUCUACGCUUGUAUCUGGCACGCUCACUCUCAUCCGCCGUAACGCCGGAUCGAACGAGCAAUGGAACGUGGCGACGAUUCAUGACCCGCCUGUCCAGGAAUUGAGCUCGACUUCUAUCCUCAUGCCAACAGCUAAGCGCCGCACGAAGAAAGGAGGCGCGCCGAUGUAUCUAGAAAUUGCCACUCCCGGCUAUCGUCGCUUCAUCCCGCCUGAUGGGUUGCGGACUGAGUCUCGAAUAAGCUCGUCCACAGUGUCGUCUUCUGAGAGUGACGAAAUACUACCAGAGGAAGUAUUUCGUCGACGACUAUACAUGCCCGGCUCCAAGUACGCAGAGCAUGGGUACGGCAGAAUCUCUCAUCAUCGCAAGGGAUCAUCGAUCAGCUCCACCGGCUCUACUGGUGACGCCUCGAGCAUACCCACAUCCCUCCGCACGGAUAGACAUAGUGUUGACUUCAGCACAAUGACCAACAGACCCAGCGCAGACUGGAGGAGCAAAGGCUACACCUUCACCUCACCCUGGGACGGCCAGUGCGAAUUCACGACAGGCGCAACAGGACGCACACUAAAAUGCCGACAUCACCUUCCUCACAUGAACACCGGACAACAGCCAGCGGUAAUAGACGUCAGCGAGCUGCGUUUCAACCUCCCGACUUCUGCGGCUAAGAGCACAACUUCGCCCAUAUCACCACGGGCGUCGUACUUUUCCGAUCGACAACAUCUACUCGAUGCACUUCCUGCAGAUGGAUCGCAGAGUCCUAGCAUUGUUUUGGAUGAGAAUGGCAGGAUUGAUCUGAGUCUGGGACAGGAGAGGGCGGGUGGUGGACUUGGAGGGAAGCAGGCAAAGCUGGGCAAGUUGAUCAUCGAGCCCGAGGGCCUGUGUAUGCUUGAUCUGCUAGUUGCGUCGAAUCUGGCUCUUUGGUGGAGGGCUUGGGAGAGGGUGUGAAGAGAAAUCAACGACAGCUGUCUCUACGAGUAUUCCAGAUAUAUCCAGGACAUCAUGAUAGCGGUACAUACAACUACGACACUCGGAAUUAUGCCCGUUGAUCGGCUAUACGACAUUUGAGAUGAUGGAGACGCCGAGAAUCUAGACCCCGCGCGAAGCCGUCCAC